AAAAUUGAGAAACUCCUCAAUUUGUUUACAAAAGUUAACAGCUUUGUCUUACUGUCGAAGUUAUUACAGCGCAAUAAAAAGUUGCUACAGUUUGUUUUCUUUAUCUUAAUUGUUUUGUGAGGUGUUUUUAUACGUUCUGCAUUGGUAAAGCUACCCCAUAAUAAAUUGUAGUGUUUUGAUUAAGGUCAGCUGUUACGCAUCCAGGAAGUUGUGAAAUACAAAUGUAUGUAUAAGGUGAAGUUAAAGUUAAGGUGAAGUUAAUUCUCUCUCUCCAUAUAUCUCCUCCCUCUCCCUCUCUCUGUUACACACGCAAACAGGUGAGGUCAGAUUCCUUCCUCUUUCACGGAAACGUGUGGCACAGAGCUUGUUUAUUUUAAAUCAACGAGGCUUCACCACUUAACUGCUCUUAGUUAACAUCCAUCCCCUCUCUAUCUUUUACCCCGUUCAUAUGUUUUUUGAACUUUUUGAACUCUUAUUGGACAGAAGACGAUUGUCGCCGACCGACAAGUGGACGUGAGCAGGUGCCUCUGUUGCCGCAGGAACACCAUGUUUGUAGAGAAACCAUGAACACUGCACACAGAUAUGUGGACGGUGUUGUUUCUUUUGCACCUGGCGGUUUUUAGCUGUGCAUUGCCUUCCUCUCCUACCGGCCCUACCAAUGUUGUCUUCUCCUCGGUGAACUUCAGGAAUGUUCUACAGUGGACUGCAGGAAAUGGCACAUCAAGGGAGAGCCACUUCACAGUGCAGUAUGCCAUCUAUGGAGACACAAUACAGGGUAAUAAAGGGAAACGUGUGAACUGGAGGGAAGUGCAGCACUGCACUGAUAUACCACGGAGCUGGUGUGACCUGAGCAAUGAGACGAGGGAUGAAGAGCAGGGAUAUCAUGCCAGAGUCCGUACUAUAGCUACAUUGGGUCCUCCACUUCUUUCUGUGGAAAUGAAGGCCAACGAAGCAAUCAUUCAUAUGAAAGGACCCAUGAGGUAUCAACCAGAUGACUACAUGUCUGCUACAUCAAUGGCAACAGUGUACCCCCGCAUGACGUACAACCUAACCACCCUCAUCCAUGGACAGACUUACCAUCUACCUGUGGACUCCAAUCCAUACAGAUAUUCACUGAGGGAGCACAACACCAAGUACUGCUUCUCCGCCACGGCAAGGCUGCACUUCAUGCCAGUUCAGUGCCAGUCAUCAGUUUGGCAUUGCAUAACCUCACCCCAAGACCCUGAGACUGUUCAUCUGUUGAAGGUGAUUGUGGGCAUCGUCGUUCCAACUUUGUGUCUGUGCAUACUUGCGAUAGUUGUCUACUUUCUACACAGCUACCUAAUGGGAGAAGGACAGAAGAGCCAUAUGCUGAACUCAACAUCUUUUUAUCCAUCACCCUUGACCUUUGCUCCAGAGAAUCUUAAUCUCAACCUCAUCCUGGUCAGUGUCAUCCCAGACGAGUCACGACCAGACUGGGACACCACUACUUCAGACUUUGCGUUCCACAAGAAAAAAAAUGCAAGUCUUUCAUCAGAAUACUCCCCACAGAGGGAAGAAGACCCCCAGGAGCCUGAUGCCUUCCCAAUUGAUUAUGGUUUUGUUGGAGUGGCAUCUGAGACAUCAAAUGGAGAGCGGUUUGACAGAGGAGAAGACAGGGAUGAUUUGAAUGGUUUGCAUAAAGAGUGCAUAGUGGGAGAGAGUUGUGAUAAAAAGGACUGUGGACUUAAGGAUGCUAAAUUUUUUAAUGUUGACCGCACUCAGUCAGAUUCCUACCUCUCGCAGGCAACCAACACAAUCACGCAAACGCAAACUCGUAGUCCGAUAAACUCACAAGCACACGGACAGGUAGAGAUUAGCAAACUGGUAAAAGCACAGCCAUGGUCACUGGGAGGAAGUGAAGUCAAAGAGAGGGAAGAUGAAGAGAAUUCAGGUUUAUUUUUAAAUACAUCUGUCUUCACUGUUCCUUCAUAUCUUCAACAAAAUACGCAGGUAGGCGUUAAGGAAGAGAUAUACAAGGAGGUUAGAGUGAGACCAAAUGAAAGCAACGAUGAGGCUGCAGAGGAAGGAAGUAAGGAUGAGACGGUAGCCCUUCUUUCUGCUUAUGCAUCCCAGAACAUCAGAGUUUUGCCUCCCAACCAUGUGGAACAAACAGAUCUCUUACAAAACAACUACGGUCUUCUGAGUGUAGCUUCAGGGAUGGAGAAUGAUGAUGAUGCUGAUGAGCAAGAGGGGCUCCAGAUUGUUUGGGAUUCAGAAACAAGGCGAUUAGUGUUUCCAGGAAUCGGCACGGAGGCAGGUAUUGAUGACAUGAAAGAGCGAGAAGAGGAGAAAGAAGACAGGGUGGGAGGAGAGGAAGGGAAUGCCGUGAAGGGUGAACUGAAGCUAGAAAAUGUGUUUGUCAAACAAGCAUCUGAGGAAGAAAUAGAGGGAGAGACUGAAGGAGAUGGGGAAGCAGAGUGGGAGGCAGAUGAUAUUUUAAGCAAAUGGAACCUGAUAAUCUCGAUGGACCAGUAGGUGAUAUUCAUCAGUAGAAUCAUCAUAACAAAAGGUAGUAUUUCCCUUGAAAUUUAUUUAGCACAAAGACCAAACUACUUCCAUUUGUUUAAAGUGAACAACACUCCAAAUAAAUUGGCCGUAGAUUGGGGAUUAAGUUAACUGUUCAAAACUUCUCAAUGUUCCAUCACAUUGCACCGCAUCAACCCCCCAAACCUUCCUGCAGGUGGUGAGUCCACUGGAAGGUAUUAACCUCCCUAACCGGGAUUCGAACUUGUCCAGGAGGUGAACCCUGGGGUAUCACACCAAUGACAGAGACAUUGCCUCUGGGCCAAAGCGCCACACUUCUCAAUGUUUAAUUCCCUUAAACAAGACAAGUCUUAAGUUACUCAAGUACAAGUUAUAUUAUUUGUGGUUGCAGUUUUGUUUUCAUACUAAAUACUUCAAGUUGUUAUUUUUUAGACACCCCUGGACAGUGUCUACUUAAAUGACUGGGUUUAGAUGGAAUAACUUUUAUUUAAAUAGUUUAUUCUCAUGAAGAAACUAACAAUGAAGGGAACUUGUUUUUAUAAACCUACUGUAAACUGUAGCACUUUCCAUUCUUUUAUCUUACUGCAUAUAAUGUACAACAGUCCUAAAGGGAGGGCAAUAGUUCAAGCAUAUUACUGUAGGUUCUUCCCGCUGAGGACUAGUUGUUUUUUCUAUUUUAUUCUAAUUAUUUUUAUACAACCUUGUAAUUAAUCAAUUAAUCAACUUUGCUUCAUAUAAACAUAAAAUAAUAAGAAUGUCUUCUAAUGUAAGCCCAGUUAAAUUCCCUCAAUUCAACAAAUUGUAUUUCUGUUUAGCCACCUUAUUCAUUCUACUUUCUAGUAAAGGAGGAAAUUAUUGUAAUAUUGUUUUACAGUCAGUCUUGAUUUCUGACUACAUGAAGCAAUUAUUAGAAAACAAAGUGAGAAAAAUUAUGUAGAUACACAAAUUAUCUUUGUCCGUGUCAUUUAGUCUUAUAUUAGAAAUAAAUAUACAGUUAUAACUCCCAAGUAAUAUAAUGUAAUCUGCUGUGCAACAGCAAGGUAGAUGCUGUGCAUUGAAGUUGAUUGAAUUUUCCUGGUUUGGUGUCGCUACAGGAAGUUAAUCAGUGAUAUUGUUGUAAAAGCUUUUCAUAAUUAAUAUGAUAAAUAUUGUAUUAAAAAACAAAUAAAGUGCAUCUAUUAAACUCACCC